AUGUACAAGAGGAAUGGUCUGAUGGCUAGCGUGUUGGUCACCUCCGCCACUCCACAGGGCAGCAGCAGCUCAGACUCUCUGGAGGGCCAGAGCUGCGACUAUGCCAGCAAGAGCUACGACGCCGUCGUCUUCGAUGUCCUGAAAGUGACUCCCGAGGAGUUUGCUAGCCAGAUCACACUAAUGGACAUACCCGUGUUUAAAGCCAUCCAGCCGGAGGAACUAGCCAGCUGUGGAUGGAGUAAGAAGGAGAAACAUAGUCUCGCCCCCAACGUCGUGGCCUUUACCCGGAGGUUUAACCAGGUCAGUUUUUGGGUUGUACGAGAAAUUCUAACAGCACAGACUUUAAAAAUAAGGGCAGAAAUCCUGAGCCAUUUUGUGAAAAUAGCCAAGAAACUUCUAGAACUCAACAACCUUCAUUCUCUCAUGUCUGUGGUGUCAGCAUUGCAGAGCGCGCCCAUCUUCAGGCUGACGAAAACCUGGGCUCUUUUGAAUCGAAAAGAUAAGACCACCUUUGAGAAACUGGACUACCUGAUGUCCAAAGAAGAUAAUUACAAGCGGACUCGGGAGUAUAUCCGAAGCCUGAAGAUGGUUCCCAGUAUUCCCUAUCUAGGCAUCUAUCUUCUGGAUUUAAUCUACAUUGAUUCUGCGUAUCCUGCCUCAGGCAGCAUCAUGGAAAAUGAACAAAGAUCCAAUCAGAUGAACAAUAUUCUCCGAAUAAUUGCUGACUUACAAGUUUCCUGCAGCUACGACCACCUCACCACCCUGCCCCAUGUGCAGAAGUACCUGAAGUCCGUGCGCUACAUCGAAGAGCUCCAGAAGUUUGUGGAGGACGACAACUACAAACUGUCACUCCGAAUUGAACCAGGAAGCAGCUCCCCGAGACUAGUCUCUUCCAAGGAAGAUCUUGCAGGUCCGUCCAGCGGCUCCAGUUCCGCAAGGUUCAGCCGGCGGCCCACCUGUCCGGACACCUCUGUGGCCGGCAGCCUCCCCACGCCCCCGGUCCCGAGACACAGGAAGAGCCACAGUCUGGGCAACAAUAUGAUGUGUCAGUUGAGUGUAGUUGAGAGUAAAAGCGCGACAUUCCCGUCGGAGAAAGCGAGGCACCUGCUAGACGACAGUGUCCUAGAGUCCCGCAGCCCCCGCAGGGGCCUCGCCCUCGCCUCCUCCUCCGCCGUCACCAACGGACUCUCCCUCGGCAGUAGUGAGAGCUCAGAGUUUAGUGAAGAGAUGUCUUCAGGGCUGGAAAGGGGACGUCUCUAUGCCACGCUGGGACCCAACUGGCGCGUUCCAGUCCGGAAUUCUCCCAGAACCCGGAGCUGCGUCUACAGCCCCACCGGCCCAUGCAUCUGUACGCUGGGGAGCUCUGCGGCAGCCCCCACCAUGGAGGGGCCUCUGAGAAGGAAAACUCUGCUCAAGGAGGGACGGAAGCCUGCGCUGUCUUCAUGGACCAGGUACUGGGUCAUACUCUCAGGAUCCACCCUCCUGUACUACGGGGCCAAGUCCUUGCGGGGCACAGACAGAAAACACUAUAAAUCCACACCUGGCAAGAAGGUCUCCGUCGUGGGCUGGAUGGUGCAGCUGCCUGACGAUCCUGAGCACCCGGACAUCUUCCAGCUGAAUAACCCCGACAAAGGCAAUGUUUACAAGUUCCAGACUGGCUCCCGGUUCCAUGCAAUCCUGUGGCACAAGCAUUUGGAUGAUGCAUGUAAAAGCAACAGGCCUCAGGUACCUGCAAACCUUAUGUCAUUUGAAUAA